CAAUAAUUCUUAAAAUUCAGACGCCAUUCCGGAUGUAUAAGCCAAGCCUAAUGCUCUAUGAAUGUCAUGUUUGAAUUGUUGGAGACCGUUUGCGUUUUGGUUUGCGUGAACUUUUGUUUUGUUGUGUAAAAUUAUAUAGCUGAUAUUCUAAAUAUAAGUUCAAUAAUUACGGCAUAUUAAUAUAAUUGCGUGGAAUAAAACUUAAUGCCGAAAAGUAAAAUUCCUUCGCCGGCGCGGUCCCACGGCGCUGCCGUCACGCCGCGCCGAUACAAAUCUCGCGGACCAAGGAGCGUGGGGUCCCCAGCCCGUUCCGAUGUCUCCGGCAGACUCACUUCAGUGAUAAACAUGCAUAAAACCUCUUUUGUACUCUCACCUAUGCCCACUCGAAGAUCUGUGCUUGCUGAUAAUACCGACAUUGAGGAACCAAAGAGAAGAAGCUGGUGGAGACAGUUGGGAGAAAACUCACGAGAUGUGAUGGAAGUCAUAGAAAGUAAUAAAGUUAGCGCAGAGACAGAUAAUGUGGAGGAAUUGAUAGAAAUGGAAGUGCUAAGCCAAGAAAAGGAAGAUUACCAUUUAGAUUUGCCUGAAAGCAGUGGUAGUGAAUCUAUACACAGUAUAGUUAUGCCUCAGCGUAAACUUUUUAAACUAAAAGAAAAUGACGCACCAAAAAUGUUUGGUCAAAUUGUGGGUAAUAGAGAAACAUUGCCAAAAUUGCAUAAAAGUAGUGUUGGCCAUGAUAAAAGUAUUAAGGUUGGACCUAGAGAACUAUUUCAAAACAACAAGCAAAGGACCAAACCCAUCUUUCCUGCUGCUUUACUUGAUAUUUCACUCAAUAAAACUGUUUCUGAUAAAACAAAAGAAAACCUAAUGGAACCACCCAAAAACCAAGUUAGAAAUAUUUUUGGCAACCAUGCUCCAACUAAAAGGCGCAAUAUGUUUGCCGAAUUUGUUGUUUCCGAGAGUGAAGAUGAAAUACCAGAAAUUCAACCCAAAGUGUUUAGCUUUCCUAAAAAAUCUGACCCAAAACGCAGGGGCAGUAGUACUUCGAGAGGGAUGAGAGAACCUUCACCUGCAUCAAGUAUCACUACUGAUAUGGAGAUGGAUGAUUGGAAACAAUUACCAUCGUCCACAAUGGUUGCGGAGCAGCUAGAAGAGGCCAUGUCUAGAACACCAGUGAAAAGAGCUAGAUUGAGCAAAUUAUCAGAGGCCAAAGAAUCUGAUACUGGUACAAAUAGCAAUGCAACUGGCGAUAAAACAAAACAAUCGAAUAAAUCGAUUUCUUCAAAAAAUAAAUCAAAAAAUUCUUCAACAAUCAAAGAUAAGUCACUUGAAUUAAAUAAUUCUAUGACAACUAAACAUGCAGCAAGAAAUAUGCAGAAUAACUUUAUUGUUGAUAAUAUUACACAUGAGGCAUCAUUUACAUCUAAAAAUAUGUCAAAUAAUAAGUCAAAAAGUAGCAACUCUAGUUUAAAUAAACGCAAUUCAAAAAAAGCUGAACAAUCCCUCAGCGCUGAUAACAAUAAGAGCCAAAUAUCGGAGAAGUCAAAGCAAAAUAUUUCAAACAGUAAAAAAAGACUUCACACUGACGGAAGCCAACUUGUUGAACAAGAUAAUAACUUAGAAAAUGUAAUUGAGCAGGACGAAAAUAAUGCUGAGAUUGAUGAAAACGAAGAAAAUAAUUUUACUUUAGAAUAUGAAAGUGAUGAACAACAAGGAACUGUUGCACAAAAUGUAGAAAACAAAUCUGCAAAGAAUAAAACUGUUACAUUGAAAAAAGAUUCAGAUAAAACUCAUAAUGCUGUUGCUUCACCAGAGAAACAAAACACAUCAGUUAAGCAAUUACAUUCAAUAUCUAAAAAAAUUGUUAAUGAAACUGACGAAUCUGAUAUAGUAAAAGAAACUGAGGCUACCUUAAUAGACACCAAUAUCAUUGGCGCUAAUAUUAUUCCCGUAAAUGUUGAUGCAAGUAAGACCAUUAGUGAUGUAUGUAAAGCUAAUAUUGAUAAUCGUAAUAAUGUUGUGGAAAAUAAUGAUAUGGAAUUCGAUGAACAAGAUGUAAAUCGUUUUGAAAACAAAGAAGUUCACGAAGAAAUGGAUAUAGAUGAAAUUGAUGAGAGAAUAGUAAAAAACAAAGAUAUUAUAAGUAUAAGUGUCAAAAAAAGUUCAACCAAUGAAGAAGUUAGUAAUCAAAAUCAAAGUGACUAUCAUAACUCGAAAAAGAUACUAGAGUCACAGAAAGCAAACCAGACAAACGUAGAAAACAAACAGGUAUCUAUAAUAAAAAAACUUUUAAAUGAAAAUGAUGGGAAAAAUGAAAGUGUAGAAAUUAACGCUGAAAAUAGCCGUGUAAUUUUAAACGAAAACAACGAUAAAGCUGAAAAAGAUAGACAAGAAAUUCGUGUUGAAGAAAGUACAGAGGACUUUGAAGAAUUGCAAAAUAAAACCCUAUAUUCUAACAAGACACAAGAGUUAAAUAUAAGUAACAAAAAGGACGAAGACAAUUCUAAUCGGGAUAUACGAAAUGAAAGCCAACAAGAACAAAAUGAAAGUAACAUAACAAAAGAUAAAAUGGAUGUUGAAGAAGAAAUUGAAAAUGAGGCAACCGAACAUAAUGAAAGUAACGCUGUAGAGUUUAAUGGAAGUGAAAUGUCUGAACACGACAAAAAUAAAGUUGAAGAACAAAACGAAAGUGAAACAGUCGAACAAGAUGACAAUACAGCUGAAAAGCAAAAUGAAAGUGAAAUCGAGGAACGAAAUGAAAGUAAAGAUGAAGAACAAAAUGAUAGUGAAGAGAUAGAACAGGAUGAGAGUGACGCAGAGGAACAAAACGAAAGUGAAAUAAUUGAGCAACAUGAAAGUGAUUCUGAGGAGCACAACGAAAAUGAAGCAGAUGCGCAAAAUGAUAGUCAGAUUUUAGAACACGAUAUAAGUGAAGAAGAACAAAGAAGUGAAUCUGAAGUUGAAGAACAAAAUGAGAAUGAAGCUAAUGAACAAAAUGAAAGUGAACCCGAAGAACAAAAUGAAAGUGAAGCCGAAGAACAAGAGGAAAGUGAUGCUGAAGAGCAUAUUGAAAGUGAAUUUGAAGAACAAAACGAAAGUGAUGCUGAAGAGCAAAUUGAAAGUGAACUUAAAGAACAAAACGAAAGUGAUGCUGAAGAACAAAAUGAGAGCGAAGGAGAAGAUCAAAACGAAAGUGAAGCAGAGGAAGAAAACGAAGGUGAAGAAGAAUUACGAGACCAAAGUCAAGAAGCCAGUGAAGAUGUUAUUGAACGAACCGAAACACCUAACUUGAGUGGAAUAAAGUCACCAGAAGCUGUAUUACACGACCAAACAAACAGGGGCGACUCGUUCACAGCAAAAGGUCGCAAUACUAGUGUACGGAAAAGCAAAAGUAUGAUCAAACCAUUAAACAUUCGACCGAGCUUAGCACCGCCACGAGAUAGUAUUGGAUUCUCGGACGGUACUAAAAAUUCCACCGCCGAGGGAUCAGGUUGGGAUUCGCAUAGAACAACACGGAAAACACUACGCCAAACUUUCGGCAGAGACUUUAGCCCACGCAAAUCCUUACGCGCUCUGGUCAUGGAAAAAUCGGCUAAAAGACAAACUGCCUACAUGGAUAGACGACCAGACAUCACAAGCCUACCUCAAGCAAAUUCCACAGAAUUCCCCGAAAUGUCCAAUCGUGAUUAUGAGGAAACUAUGGAAUCAGAUCAUGAAUUGUCGCGAAGGACGCGGCAAGCGACGUUGGAAAUGUGUUUGGAACAAAUAAAGACGAAAAAUUUGGAACGAUGGGAAAGAGUGGGCGAUCAAGUCAGAAACAUGUUUAAAACAUCAAAUAAAGAAAAUGUGCGCUUUAAAGAACCUCGUCCUAUGUUUGAAACUAUACGGAAAACGAAACCAGUCAAGACAAAGUCAAAAGACAAGCAACUUGGUUUGUUAAUGCCACUGGACUAUUUGCCAUCGGAACUAUUGAAGGAUAUGACAUACAAGCCGCCCAAGAGGUUCCAACCAGGGAACGUGUCGUGGAUCACUAAGCGACUUUACAAAUUCUUGGAAACCAAAUUGGAGCCGAAAUACGAUUACAAAGCUCGUGUAAGAGCAGAGAAACUGGUUGAAACCAUCUACAACUUCGCGAAAGGUCUCAAACGGCACCAAGUGGCGCCCAUCGACGCGGUCGAAGUUCUGAAACACGAAAUGGCGCGGUUGGACAUAGUGAAGACGCAUUUUGAGUUCUACGAGUUCAUUAAAAAUUACAUGCCGCGAGAAAUACGGAUAAAGGUGAUACCAGAUAUAGUUAACAAAAUCCCAAUGCCAAAACAUGGAAUAUUUUCUGAAAUUCUUCUCCACUGACUGGCCUGCAGUACAAAUAAUAUUGUGA